AUGCGGCUCCAUGUGCUGCUUCUCUUCCUGCUGGAGUUCAUGCUGGAGUUCACAGGUAGCGCAAGCGGUUUGAAAAUCUCACCCCCUCGGUUCACUGCUGUUACUACAAGCGGACGAACACAUACAUCAUGCACGCCGCUGAAGGCAACAGCGGGCCGUGGUGGUAGCAAGGUUCCGCGAAAAGAGCGUACCAGCGCUCCUGACGGGAGCAAGGACACCAGGGAGGCUUGGAGGUGGGGCGGCUUCGUCCGUCCCAAGGUGUAUCCUGCUUCCAAGCAGAACAAGAACAAGUCAUCAAGCAGCGACGCCGGGAACAAGAACGGCAACGGCGAUAUUGGCACCGCCGGCAGCGACACGGGCACCGCCAUGGCCAUCGUGUCGCAGACCACCGAGGUAGUGGUGGCCACGAUCGCCAGCACUGGCGCGGCGAACGCCCUCCUCACGCCGCUGCACAGGUGGUCCUCCUCGAGGAAGCGCGUCGCGGAGGCGGUGGAAGCGGCAGCGGCGGCACAGAGACGCAGGCAGCAACAGCAGCGGACACUCUUCGAGCAACAACAGCAAGAGGACGGCACCACAACAACUAACCCCUGGGUAGCACACCUCAGGGUCGUUCUGCCGCAACCCGUCAAGAAGACCUACAGCACCGUCGCCGCUGUGCCCGGGCAGCUCGCCAAGAGCGGCGAGCAGGCAGCGGCAAGCCUGUCGGCGGCGAAGGAAAACCUAGCGGCGGUGGCGGAGGCGGUAGCGGCGGCCCCGGAACGCGCGCGCGGCGCGACAAUGCAGGCCCUAGAGACGGCCAGAACGGCCCGGGAGGCGAUCACGGAGGUGCCCGGCCGCGUGGAGGAGUUGGUGAAGGCGACGCAGGAGCUGCCGGGGCGGUUGCGGCAGGCGGUCGGGGAGGGCGCCGAGGCGGCGGCGGCGCUGGAGGAGGCCGGUAGGAAGGCCGCGGAGGCCGCGGAAACGUUGCCGAGCAGGCUGCCUAGUUUGAUUGAAACCACGACGGACGACGCACUAGUGCUAGCGGGCGAUUUGGCCGAGGGAACCGCCUUGGGGCUGGACGCCGCGGGCACGGCGCUGUGGGAGGUGACGAAAGAGCUGGGCGGCUGGGCGGCGGACUUCGUCCUACGGCCGGUCCUAACCCCCGUCCACGAGUACCACAUGUCCGCCAGGCGCGUGCAGGACGCGCUUGACGACGAGCGGGUUGUUGCUCUGAAUGCGGCCGGAAAAAGUCGUUCUCUCUCUUCCGCGGAAGAAGCCAACGUUGGCGUCCCGGAAGCAGCCACGAAUUCGAUUUUACUGCCGCCGCCGGCGAAAGCAUCAGAUACGGCACCCCCGCCCUCUCUGGGAGGGGUGGGCAGCGCCUCUGGGGGGCAGAGCACAGUGUCUGACAGCAGCAGCAGCAGCGACCGCCGCACGCCCGUGUCGAGGCUGGCCGGACUCAGGCGGAGGUUUUCCUCGUGGCGCUGCAGGAAGAGGUCGAUAGUCGCGGUAGCGGUAGCGGACGACGAGGAUGAUGAUGACACGGUCGGCAGCAGCCAAAGCAGCAACGCGACGACUGGAACAAGGGAAGUGGUGCAUGAUCCAACUCCCACGGUUUCGGAGACGGUGGUUGUGCCGGUAGAAUCACGGGGCCGGACGGCGCCGGUUGCGGGCUUGGAAAUUGCGGCGGGGCGAUCGGAUGCGGCGGCGGCGGCGAAGAAGAGUGGAGAGGAAGCCGUGGUGACGUCGAUGGCACCGGUGCGAACGGCGACGCCCCCCACUGACACCGGCGGCGGCGGCGGGGGCGGGCAGCAGCACCCCGCCCUGCAGGAGAGCUCAACGAAGUCGUCGGUCGGUGGAGCUACUGCUGCUGUGGUGCCAUCCAAAGAGGCCGCGCCUCUUUCCGAACCUGGCGCCACCGCUUCAGCACCAGCGUUGGGGGACGAAAAGCUUACUCGCCCUCUAUUGGCUGAGGACGACGGGCUGGUAUCCUUGGAGCCACGCCCCGUCGCUGCCGUCGGUCCCCUCGAGCAGGAGGAGGAGGAGCAGGAGGGUGGUGCUGAUAGGGGUGGUGCUUGUAGGGGGAAUUCCACUGCGAUCGCUUCGGGGACACUUGGUCUGAAGCCCGAUGGGAGUGCAACGCUCGCGGCGGCGGCGACGACGGUGGCGGCCGUGUUGGCAGAAGAUGGUUUGUCACAAGCAGGGAAUGUUGCGGGUGCCUCUGCUGGGCGGGCGCGGGGGGGAUCCAAACAAGAGGGCGACGACAACGGUUCCGGCCAUAAGGCCGGUGAACAAGACCCUCCGGCAAUCGAAGGAACAGCGACCCCGUCAGGGUUGUCUCGAAUCUCCGCCUCUACCGCUGUGGUUGCUCCUCCCCCUCCUCCCUCUGUAGGCACGGGAGCGGCAGCGACGGCGACGAAGUUGGCGGCUACGUCUUCUACCGCCGCCUCACCAGCAGCAGACCUCGCAGGCGACGCCGCCGCCGCCGAGGCGUUGGCUGCCGAAGAAGUCACCGCCACUUUCGAAGUAGACGUUGACGCUGCGCCCUCCGCACCCCCCACCACUGCCGGACCCACACCACUCUCGAGGGUGCGGUCGACUCACGGAGAACCAGGCUCAGACUUGCCCAACACUGCUCCCCCGCUAGCGGUAAGCGGAGCGGCCCAAGAAGACGGAGAGGGCCGGGGCAGCAGCGUCGCGAAGCAAAACGAUAAGCCGAGAGCUGAUGCAGCAACCGACGGAAAGAGUCGGGAAAAGGCGCCGUCGGCGGAACCGACAGCUUCGGCCUUGAAGACUAGCCCUGAACAAGUACCACCGUCCGAAGGCGAUACUAACCCUGCGGCGGCGGCGGAGGCGGCGGCGGGGGGGGGAGCUGGAGAAGCCAGCCAGGCCGCUGACCGGGAGGGUUCGAGCGGUAGCAGCGGCGCGUGGGGUGUGCAACCCGCGGUGGAGUUCCUCAAGGACUGGGUGGAAGCCGCGGUCCCGCGGAAGAAGGAGGAGCUGAAACGUAGAGAGGAUGCCGUCUGCUGGGAGCGACAAUGGUAUCCUGUGGCCGUCGUGUCCGACCUCCGGCAGCUGCUGCUGCGGCGGCUGCGGCGGCGGCGAUGGCGCGGUGGCGACGGAAGGAGUGUCCGUUUCGAGAUGCUAGGCCGAGAGUACGAGCUCCUACCGCCUGAGGGGGGCGCCGACAAGCCCACAAGCCUCGAAACCAGGGCGUGGAGAUGCCGGUCGGUGGUCGCCCUUGGUGGCGGCCCUGACGAAGAGAAGCCGUCGAGGAGCUCGACUGUGGCAGCGGCGGAGGAGGUGCCCGUGAGAGAGUCCUCUGGGUUGCUGUGGGCCUGGCCAGACAUAUCACCCGAAGGCCUCGAAGCGGCGGCUCUGGCGAGCCCCUCGUGCUCUGCUGCCGGUUUGGACGACGACUACUGUGGCGGCGGCGAUGAGACGGCGAGUCCGUGGCGGCGAGUGCUGCUGCGGCGCCACACCGCAGUCGAGGGCGGCUACGGCGACGGUCCUGCGCGUGAAGAAAAGCGGGGCGGCAGCGGCAGCCGGUGGCGGCGGCGGCGGCGGCGGCGGCGGCGGCGACGGCUGGAGGUUGUCGUUGUCGAGCACGACGUCCCUUGCGGGUACUCGGAAGCAGUCGGUGGGCUCCUUGAUCCCGCCCACGGGGAGGCGGUGAUGGGGGCGGCAGCCGGGGGGGGCGAGGGUCGGGAGGAGGCGGCGGCUUGGGGGGAGGUGGUGUUCGCACCUCCGACGGUCGUGGGGUGGCGCUUCGAGCCCACACCCCCGCCCCCUACAGCAGCGGCAGAAGCAGCGGGGCGAAGCGAAGAGACUUCAAUCCCGGCAUCUGCGGAUCGAGACCAGCCCUCUUCUCCACCAGUCCCCGAUGGCGAAUCGCCGGUGGUGAUGAAGGAGAAGGAGGCGGUGUCGAACACAUCACCAGGACUUCGUUGGUUGCGUAGACGGCUCUCGGGCGGGCUAGGAGCGGAGGAGAGACGACCGGGGGUGGGGGUGGGGGGGGGGUCCGUGCGCUACGUGGCUGUGCUGUUGCCCGUUGGCCCCGAGCACACGAAGGUGUUCGCUAGGCUCGAAGUGGAGCCCUCAGGACGACGACUACUAGACGGUCUAUCCCUUGGGUCUCGGCGACUUCGACGCGGGACUCUGGCCAAGGCAAUCGACGAUGCCGCAGCUGCUGCUGUGCGACGUAGCGCGGCCGGCGAACAAGCACAAGCCGACGCCGGCCGUGGCGCGAAGAUUUCCACCACGCACGGGGGGGGUGAAAGCGGCGAAAGCGUAAGCGGCAGAAGCAGCAGUGGUGGGAAGGGAGGAGCCCGGCUGACGUCUCCGGCGGUGGAAGAGUGGGUGCGGGGCGCCGGCAACGGUGGUCCCUUUUAAUGGAAGAGGACGCUGAUCGAGGCGCUUUUCUGUCACGAGCACUCUCCUACUAUGAAGUAAUACUCCUGAAAACUAUUGAUAGUUGCCUUGCUACGUGCCUGUUGUGUACUUCUAGAGUUUUCCUUCGGCCGAACUACUGUCUCUGAGCAGGCUUGUGCCAGGACGACACACCCUAAUGUGUUCCUUCGAAUUCGGGGGCGGCCGUCGGAUUUAUUGGUUGUUGGUGCUGUAGUGAGCGGCGCUCGCCCCUGUGUCGUAAAGCUCGCGUGAAGCGAGAUUCGGAAGGAAAGACGCCCUGCAAGGAAGCGGAGAUGUGGACGUGGCGUAUUUUUCGAAGAGAGGUGAUUUGUCAGAACCGGUAUGCAGCGACGAUGAUGCAUGGGCACCGGAGUUAUGAAUGCAAGUACAAGGAAUCGCGCCAGGAAGGGCAAGCGUCCGGAACGUUUCUGAGUGCAGUAAUGUAUAUAUACAGCUAGGCGAAUGGUAUAUAAUUGUAAAACAAGCAAAUAAUUAAGUGUACGAGAGUCGAUCGAGCUGGACAAGGCACCAAUCUACGAACCUUAAGGUUAUGGUAUUUGACAAUUCAGCCGGGGUCACAUAGGAGAAAGGUCGCACAGGAGCU